CCUCCGGUGGCAGUCGUCACGAGCGUAGGCUCGAUUCACAGCGGCAAAAGCUUUCUGAUGAACCAACUGGCGAACUCCAUCGUUGAGCUCAGUGCAAACUCCGACGAAGCGCAGCUUGCGCUUCCGCGGGAAGACGAGUUUUCCGUCGGCUCCGGCACCGAAGCGGAGACAGAGGGCAUUUGGACGCUCCCGCGAGUGCUCCGUCGCGGGAACAUUAGCUUGCUGCUGCUCGACACUGAGGGCUUGUUCAGCCGCAUCGGUUCCGAGAUGAACGACGCGAAGGUUUUCUCGAUCGCGGCGCUGAUGUCUUCCGAAUUCAUCUACAACACGGUCAAGUUCAUCGACAGCAAGCAGAUAGAGGCGCUCGAAACGCUUAUGCGCCGAGCAAGCCUCUUCGGCUUGCGCUCCUAUUCGCGUCGCAACGCGCACAGCGAAGGUCGCAAAAUCGAGAACCUGGCGAAUUUCAUCAACAUGCUCACGCCGUCGCACCUCUCGUGGAUCAUUCGAGACUUCGUCCAGGACCUGCACGAGAAGACGCCGCAGGAGUGGGAUUCCGGCAAUUUGAACUAA